GGACGGUAUUUCGCCAUUUUCAUAUGCUCCCACUCGCGCCCCUCUUCUCCCUUUACCGCUCUCUCAUUUCACCCACUUGUCAAAACCCUAAUCUCCAUCUCCUCUCUGAUACCAUUAGUACCAUCAUCUCGAUCGAAUUUUGACUCGAUCGCGUACACAUUUCGUUUAUCCUUUCGCUUAUUCCUUUUUCUUCGUCACUCAUUUCAGAGUAGCCAAAUUAGAGUUGCACAAUGGCGGGUCAAUCCCUCAAAGCCGAGGAAAAUGACGCCGUUGCGGAGAAUGCACCUACAAUCCAACGCUGCGGGGGAGUGGAUUCUCAAGCUACACACACUUGCUCUCCUGCUAGGAGGAUAAGUGCUCGGAUUCAGAAGAACGAGAAAAACAAGGCUGCUGUUCGACUUCGCCAACAGGAAGAGGAGUCUCUUACUAAGACAGAGAAACCGACGAAGAAGCAGCGAUUAAACUACAACAAGAAAAAAGUUAUAUCGGGUAAUGUGCAGACUCAAGUGGUACAUGAUGAGGGAAAACGAACCGUUGUAACAUCAAACUCAGACGGGAAUACAGAGCACAAAGAAAAACCAAAUGGUGAGGAAAAGAGAGAGGAGAUUGAAAAUGGUUCGGCAUGCAAGGGACAAGUUGGAGAGAAGAGUGCUUACGCUAUGGUUACAGAUACAAUCAGAGCUUUUAACAAGCACUACCUUCAUUUCGUUCAGGAAGAGGAAACCAGGUGCAAAAAGGAUGAAGCUGAUCAGAAAAAAACAAAGAAACUAAAAUCUAAGGAUGCUGUUGGAGAAAAAGGUAAAGCCAAACGACCUGAUCUGAAAGCUAUAACAAAGAUGAUGGAUUCGAACACCAUACUACGUCCCCUUAAGAGGAUAGGAUCAAUCCCAGGGGUUGAUGUUGGACAUCAAUUUUUUUCGCGGUGUGAGAUGGUUACUGUAGGGUUCCACAACCAUUGGCUCUGUGGGAUUGAUUAUAUUGGGAUAAGUUCAAAAAAGGAGUAUCCACAAUAUGAGUUACCAAUCACUGUGGCCAUAGUGUUGUCGGGACAAUAUGAGGAUGAUCUUGAUAACUCAGAAGAUGUUGUUUACACUGGUCAAGGUGGUAAUAAUUUACUUGGUAAUAAACGCCAAAUAAGUGAUCAAGUAAUGGCACGUGGUAACCUAGGACUUAAGAAUUGCAUGGAUCAAGAUGUGCCUGUUAGAGUUAUCCGAGGGCAUCAGUCUAGUAGUAGUUAUGUUGGCAAAGUUUACACAUAUGAUGGAUUGUACAAGGUUGUCAAAUAUUGGGCUGAAAAGGGGGUUUCGGGUUUCACUGUUUACAAGUUUCGUCUCAAGCGAAUGGAAGGGCAGCCUUCUUUGGUGACUGAACAGGUUUAUUUUCAUAAAGGGCGAAUUCCAAAUUCGAUGUCUGAACUACGCGGGAUGGUAUGUGAAGACAUCAGUGGAGGCCUUGAGAAUAUUCCCAUUCCAGCAACCAAUCUGGUUGAUGAUCCACCUGUUCCCCCAACUGGUUACAAGUAUAUCAAGUCUAUUAAAGUUUCAAAGAAUGUUGUGGUCUCUGGUAGUGCCUCUGGAUGCAAUUGUAAGGGUAGUUGUGUUGACCCAAGAAAUUGUGCUUGUGCUCGGCUUAAUGGCUCUGAUUUCCCUUAUGUACAUCGUGAUGGUGGCAGGCUAAUCGAACCCAAGGCUGUUGUAUUUGAAUGUGGACCAAAUUGUGGCUGUGGGUCGGGUUGUGUGAACCGAACAUCUCAAAAGGGGUAUUCCGGACUCCAAAAAAAGGGGUGGGCGGUUCGAUCUUGGGACUACAUACCCUCAGGGGCACUUGUUUGUGAGUACAUUGGAAUUCUCAAAAAGACAGAUGAUGUUGACUCUAACCCAGAAAACAACUACAUCUUUGACAUCGACUGCCUUCAGACAAUGAAGGGCAUUGGCAGAAGGGAGAGGCGAGUUGGAGAAGUAGCGAUGCCAUCGUUACUGGAUAAAGAUGACGAUGAUAAAGACAGCGGCCCAGAGUUUUGUAUUGAUGCGGGGUCCACUGGAAACGUGGCACGUUUUAUAAAUCACAGCUGUCAGCCAAAUUUAUUUGUGCAGUGUGUGUUGAGUGUUCAUCAUGAUAUCACACAGGCACGUGUCAUCCUCUUUGCUGCUGACAAUAUACCACCACUCAAGGAGUUGACAUAUGACUAUGGAUAUGAAUUGGACAGCGUGAUGGGUCCGGAUGGGAAGGUAAAGAAACUUGCCUGCUAUUGUGGUGCACCAGAUUGUCGCCAGCGCUUGUUUUAAAAAAGCAAGGCACUAAGUGUUGUUGAUAGUAUUUUUGCGGAAAAAAAAAACAAAACAAAACAAAAUUCAUGAUUUUGUAGUACUUAACUAAUAUAUUAUAUAUGAUAUGAGUGGCUAUAAAAAUAUUAAAUGUAAUAGCCGCCAUUAAAAAAACUGGUCGCAAAAAUUGAUUAGGCCACACCCACAAUUCAUGUAAACAAACAUUGAAUCUGAUAUCGUAUAAGCAUCCU